AUGAAAUCACGUACCCAUGGGAAUGCCGUAUUAUCUCAGAUCACAGAUGACCUCUCACCGAUAGCGCCGAAUACGUCCUCCGAAAUGGCGUGGGCCAUCCCCGCCGACCUUUCGCGACACAUUCCUCCCAGGCCUGCAUUUGCUUCACAACACUCGAGCUCAUUACCCUCUACUCCUUAUCAACACCCUCGUGGUCUCCAUGGAGAUAUGAGAGAACUUUAUGAUAGGCUUUUGCCGUCAGAGGAGAGUGAAUCUCGACGGCUGAAGUUCGUGGACAAGUUAGAGAAUUUAUUAAACAAGCAAUGGCCAGGGAACAACAUUCGAGUUCAUGUGUUUGGGUCUUCCGGGAACAAACUUUGUUCAAGCGAUUCUGAUGGUGGCAUGGAGCGAGUUGUUUGCGUUUCCCAUGCACGAGUUCCGAUUGUGAAAAUUUGGGACCCCGAAUUGCGGUUGGCCUGCGAUAUGAAUGUCAAUAAUACCCUUGCUCUCGAGAAUACACGAAUGAUCAGAACAUACGUUGAGAUCGAUGAACGAGUUCGCCAGCUAGCAAUGAUUGUUAAGUACUGGACUAAGAGACGAAUUCUGAAUGAUGCCGCCCUUGGCGGUACUCUAAGUUCCUAUACGUGGAUUUGCCUUAUAAUCAACUUCCUCCAAACAAGAAAUCCUCCCAUCUUGCCUAGUUUACAAGAAAGACGUGCCAAGCAACCAAAAAAAGCAGAUGACCCCGGUUCAUCGUUUGAUGAUGACCUGGAAAAGCUGACUGGGUUCGGGCAGGAGAAUAAGUCGUCGUUGGGCGAACUUCUGUUCCAGUUUUUUCGGUACUACGGCCAUGAAGUUGACUAUGAAACUAAGGUCAUGUCAGAAGGGAAAGGCUGGCAUCUGCUCCAAAAUAAUCGACUUUGCGUUGAGGAGCCAUUUAAUACAUCGCGGAAUCUUGGUAACACUGCAGACGAUACCUCAUUUCGCGGAUUACAUAUGGAAUUACGGCGAGCGUUUACUGCAGUGUCUGAGGGAAAAUUAGACGAGUGCUGUGAGCAGUAUGAGUAUCCGCCGGAGGAAGAACGCAAUUGGGAAAGACCGCCACCUCAACCACGGCCUAUACUUGCGCCGACUCCUGCUGUUUCCUCACGAGGAGGUAGAGGGGGAGGCAGAGGAGGUCGCCAUAAUAAUAACCACUACAAUCGGGGACAGAAUACUGGACGCCGUUCUUCCAGCACUCAAGAACAAGAGUUGCGCAUGCAACUUCAAAACCAAGCGCUCAUCAGUGGCAGGGCACCUCCCACACUACUUCGACAACCAUAUUUGCAAUUCCCGUUCCAGCAAGAUGCAUCCGGUCCAGAUGAAAAUUCAAGAGCCCGAGCUGGAACUGUAAAUCACCCGCCUUUAACCGCUCCCCUCCGACAGCACGUGUUUUACAACCCUUCAUUCAUCCCAAUACCCAUUCCCACUCUCCAGGGAGCUACCACAGACCCGCCAUCGCCCUCGACGGCUCCCUCCGCCCCUGAUACUCGCCGUAAUCAUCGACGAUCAUCUGUUGCUAAUGGAUCUCCUCGCGGACCACUGCGAGCUCAAUCCCAACCAGCGCGACCUUUGCAAUCUCCUGUGGUACAAAAUUUUGGAAACAUAUACCAGCCCGUACCUUUAGGUGAAGCUCCCCAUACGCCCAACACAAAACUGUCACCAGCCUCUCCAAAGCGGGCAGGUGCCGAGGUCGAAAGACCUGUCACCAACGGCAUUCCUAUGUUUUCAAGAUCGUAUAUGGACGAAAGUCGCGCCUCAGAGUACGUUGGGUACUAUUUAGGAGACUCCCCUCAAUCUCAGGCAACCCUUCAUCUGCCAAUGACAACUCCCCACUCUAUCGCCACUGGGUUGGCAAUCCAAAACAGUGGGUUGUUCUCACAUCUCCGGAAUCAAGCAGACUACCAUAACUCCAUGGGAACUUCUAUUGAGAAGACCAUUCCCUCCACGGAACAUGCGCAUGUACAUGACCAUAUCAAGCAUUCGAAAAAUACACCACCAUGUGGCCGACCCAAGUCACAAAAAGAUCGAGGUCCACUCAUAGUUGAUGGUUCCCUUCCGAUCAACGACCGUGAGUACUCUUUGUCCACAGAAAAUCUGGAUCAUUUCGCGCCAAUGAGUUUCAGUACUUCUGCAUCCGAGGAUAGACCAUUUGAUACUUCUGGAAGUCCAUCAGAUACCCUUUCUCAAGGAUUUCCGGACCAUGCCCCUUAUAAUGAGGAAUACGAAAAAGCCUAUGGACGGGGUGGACAAGCCACACAAUCACAACACCACAUUAACGGUUGGGAUUCUACCAACACAAAGGGCGUGGCGAUAAACGGUCACCUCACCCUAUCGGAGCGGCUCCAAAGGUAUCAGAUAUCCGAUACUAGUCGCUCAUCUGAUUGGUAUGUAAAGAUGAAAACGAACCAGCACAAGGGAGCUAAACAAUACGCAUACAGAGCAGAAAAUGGGCUGCUUGACAAAGAUCAACAUGGUCCACAUGAUAACCAUGUCCAGUCAUCUAACCCACUGUCUGCUCUCUCCCCGGUGAAGGAAACGCGAACCGUCUCGCCCACCACAAAGCGACGAGUAAAUGGUGUAGAUUCCGAUAGAUCCAAUGGGUCGAGUCAUAGGAACAGACAGCGGGGCCGACAUGAUUCCGUCAACACUCAACAUCAAUUGGAAAAUAAUAAAGACAAACAAACAGAAGCCCACCAUCGAAAACCCAAUGGCGUUCCAUCAUCCACCAACGGAGCCGGUGGAAACGAACAUCAACCCACUGGAUCAGGCUCUGCGGGUUGGCAAACAACAACGAAGAAGAAGAACAAAAGAGGGAACAAAACCCCCGCUGAACCGGUACACAACAGCCUUUCCAAUGGUGUCGAGCCUCUCCCAGCUGACGAGUCAUUGAGAAAAGGCGGCUGA